AUGUUUGAAAAAGACUUAGUGAAGAUAAAGGGCGCCCGUUGUGGAGUAAUAGGGAAGCUGUGGAAGGAUGUGAAAAAGCGGGAGAAAGAGGAUGGUCUUAUUACUAUCACAGUUGAUGAACUCAAUACCUCCAAGGCUUGCAACAAUUGUGAAAAGAUUAUUCUUGAACCUGCAAAGCGCACUCGCGGCAACAGUAUACUGGUCUGUAAAACCUGCAAUACAUUGUGGCAGCGAGACAUGAAUGCUGCAAAAAAUAUGAUGACAAUCUCUUUAUCAACUUGGAGAGGAGAUGGUCGACCAAUUGUUUUUCAGCGAUCUAAUGAAAACAGCAAUAGGGCUACUUAG